CAUGUGUCUAUAUUCAUCUUGGCUCCAAUGAUGUUCAAGCCAGAGAGGAUGUGUUUUAUAGGAGAGUCACUGAGGUAUGUGAUAGUAUCCACGAGACGAGUCCGGAAACUGAGAUUGUUUUAUGUUCUAUUCUGCCACGAAAAAAGAAUGACAGACGAGUAUCUUCAACAUUAGCGAGAGUCUUCAACAGAUGGAUCCAGAAUGCGAACACCAUGCUAAUGGACAUUUCAGAGGCCAUCCCAUACAUCAGAUUCCUUGGAUAUGGAGCUCAGGAAUGUGCUGAUGUGUUGGGUCGUGAUGGACUUCAUCUGAGUCGUGUUGGUGGUAGACAUUGUAGUCAGGUGAUUGAGGAGGAUGUGUAUUCCUGGAGUGAAAUAGCCUAUCAGCAGGAUGUACAUUGGAAUGAAGACAUAUGCCAACCACAUUCAACAGAGAUUGAUGCAUCAAGCUUUGACCAGUGCCUGGCAGCUGCUGUUGAACCAGUCAGUGACCAGAAUGUCCAGGCCAGCAAGCAGCCUCUGUACUCGGAAAUAGUCCGUUUGCCAGCAGCUGAAGUUCCAGAUGUUACCUCAGUGCAGCAUAAUGUGAAGUUACCAAGGCGCAAUGUAUUGAAGGUUGAUGAAUGUGCUAGAUCAGCCAGACCAUGUGACCACAGAUCAAACAAACAUCGAAGGGCAAGGCGAAGAAAAUUUAUGCAACACAGACAGCUGAAAGUUCAAAGGUAA